CUAAACCUAGAAUCGCUGAAAAUGCCGGAAGACUGGAAGUGACCAUUGUUUUCUCGGCGUGUUAAAGAUGUGGGCAAGCUCAGAAGGGGGUGCUCCAGAGGUCACUCUGGAAACUUCCAUGGGUUCCUUCACUGUUGAGCUAUAUUACAAGCAUGCACCAAAAACUUGCAGAAACUUCCUCGAACUAGCUCGCAGAAAUUAUUACGAUAACGUGAAAUUUCACCGAAUUAUUAAGGAUUUUAUAGUGCAAGGUGGGGAUCCGACAGGAACUGGAAGAGGUGGAGAAUCCAUAUAUGGUCCAAAGUUUGAGGAUGAGAUAAGGUCUGAGUUGAAGCACACUGGAGCUGGGAUCAUCUCCAUGGCAAAUGCAGGUCCAAAUACCAAUGGAAGCCAGUUCUUUAUUACUUUGGCACCAACUCCAUCUCUAGAUGGAAAACAUACCAUAUUUGGUAGAGUAUGUAGGGGAAUGGAAGUAAUCAAAAGACUUGGUAGCGUCCAAACUGACAAUAAUGAUAGGCCUAUCCAUGACGUGAAGAUAUUACGGACAUCGGUAAAAGAUUAAAUGAUUUCAAGGUUUUUCUCAUGGCAGACACUUAUAUUUCCAUGGAAAGCCUCUUAACAAUUGUAGUACUUGAAUUUUGUAAUUUUAUGUGCUUCCCCCUUAAGCAGUGCUUAAUGCUGUUCUGUUGACUGCAAUUUUUUAAGCCAGCCUUUAUAGGUUUGCCA